CGAUGCAUCCUACUAAUGUACCUAUGUAUUGUAUGAAGUCCUUCCUUUCCCUCCUUGACAGUUGACUGCAUGAACUUGUACCCCACCCCCACUAUUGCCUCUACAUGUAUGUAGUAUGUAUUGUACAUGUUUACAUUCUGCAGCCUGCAGGUAAUAAAUUGAAACAUCGAAACUAUCCCACUUACGGCCCAGAAUCAUCUCAAGUGAUUCAAAGCUGCCGUCCUGGAUACCCGACGCACCCAAGCAUUACUAUGUAGUACCUGACCUAAUAGUAGUCAGUUUGCGGUGCCUCAACAGGACCGAGAACGGGCAUCAUGUGGAUCCCCACGCGAUGGACGCAUGUCUAUAAUUUUCCAGAUUUCUUUUUGCGACUCUGUUAGGACAUCUUCAAAGAGCACUAAUUCCCUUGAGCAGAGUUGCAUAAGAGAUCCGGAACUUAAAAAAAAAAAGGAGCAGCAUAAAGAACUGUCCAUCGUUAAUCAUGACCACCUUUGCGCCCCUCAAAGAAACCAAGUUGUUCUAUCCCAUCAAGCUGGGCAAGUAUGAGCUCCAGCACCGCAUUGUCCAAGCACCAUGCACGCGCAUGCGCGGUGUGAAAGAAGGCGACGGCAUCAACGUGCCCGGCGACCUGAUGGUGGAAUACUACAGCCAACGCGCGUCCAAGGGCGGUUUACAGAUCACCGAGGCAACAGACAUAUCUCUCUAUGCCUCGGGAUACCCUGGCAUCCCCGGCAUCUUCUCGGACUCCCAGAUCGCUGGCUGGAAGCGGGUCACUGAUGCCGUCCACGCCAAAGGAGGCUACAUCUUCUUGCAGAUCUGGCACACCGGCCGGGCAUCGCCCCCGUCAUUCCGGGGCGGAAAGACGCCGCUGAGCUCUAGCAACCACCCCAUGGACGGUGCUUGGUUAGACGGGGUCAACUGCGACGCCGUCCCUCCGAAGCCCAUGACUGUGGAAGAGAUCCAGGCUACCGUGCAAGAAUUUGCGCAAGCCGCGAAAAACGCGGUUCAAGCCGGCUUUGACGGCGUGGAAAUCCAUUCUGCCAAUGGGUACCUCCUGGAACAAUUUCUGCACGACAACGUCAAUGACCGGACGGAUGAGUACGGAGGAUCCAUCGAGAACAGAGCCAAGUUCCCGCUUCACGUGUUAAAGGCUGUCUGUGAUGCAAUCGGCUCUGACAAGGUCGGCAUUCGGCUGAGCCCCUGGAACUACUUCCAGUCGACGCGGGACAGCAACAGGCUGAAGAACUGGACUUACAUAUCCGAGCAGCUGGCCGCCUUGCCGGCUGCCCAUAAACCAGCCUAUGUCCACAUGGUUGAGCCCCGCUUCGACGAAGUCCUAGACGAGCAGGCGAAAAUCGAUUCGCUCGCCAACAAGGACAAGCAGACCAGCAUCUCACUGGCACCGUUCCGAGAAAUUCUCCAGAAAGGCGACAUCCUGUUCCUAAGCGCCGGGUGCUUCAACGGGGAGAACGCGGCGCCCAAGCUAGAGUCCGGCGGCGCAGAUCUGGUCGGCUUUGGCCGGUGGUUCAUCUCGAACCCCGACUUGCCGAAGCGGCUGGCGGAUGGGAUCCCCCUGGCCCAAUACGAUCGCUCUACUUUCUACUUCACGGUCCCGCCGGAGAAGGGGUACACGGACUACCCUGCUCAUGCGGCGUAAGCGGCUUGAAAUUUUUUUCUUGGGAUUCAUCUGUCUGGAGGAUGUUGUUACCUUAAGUAGUUAGCAACAACAAUGUGGUCGCUUAGCAUUUUAGCCUACUUAUCUAGACAUAGAUCAUGAUGAAAUGAAAAAAAAGAUUUCAUGGCAUUAUUAACUUCUUGUUGACGUAAAAGACGAAUAGAUUUAAUUGUCGUGAGAGUUUUAAGGUAUUUUGUCUUAAAUUACAUGUUAUGGGUGAUUUAUAGUCUGGAGUUUUAGGUAGAUACUUAGGAGGGACAGCCUCAGAGAGAAAUCUCAAAAUUAGA